CCCGCCUCCAUCCCGCGAAAAGCUUUUAACAGAAUCUGCAGCCGAGAAAUUAUGGUUAACGGAAACGAACCAGAGCCUCCACCGUCGCCGCCGCGAGGACAAUAUAGCCACGGUCAACGGUCGAAAUUCGUUAUAAAUAUUCCAUCCUACGAGCAAGUGCUGGAAGGCUCUCAAAUUAAAACGACGCCGCCGCCUCUCUUUCAGCCAUCCACCUCUUUCAGUCAAGCCUUCAAUUUCGUCAAGGAGACGGAUUUCUACGUUCCGGCGCCGGCACCUCCACCUCCUCAGCCUACCUCAACUGCCCCUCUAAGGCAAAUUGGUCAGUUCGAGGGUUCUUCUACGUCUGCAAAGCCGUCGACUUCAGCUUCUAGUAUACCGAGUCGAAACGCCAUCCUAGUUAGCCACAGACAGAAGGGAAAUCCUUUGCUGAAACAUAUAAGGAAUGUAAGAUGGUCAUUUGCAGAUGUUGUUUGCGACUAUUCCUUGGGUCAAAAUGCUUGCGCUCUGUAUCUAAGUCUUAGAUAUCAUCUUCUUCAUCCAGACUAUCUUUAUUUUCGGAUAAGGGAAUUGCCAAAGAACUUUAAGCUUCGUGUAGUUUUGUGCCAUGUUGAUGUUGAAGACGUGGUUAAACCGUUGCUGGAAGUUACAAAAACUGCUCUCCUUCAUGACUGUACUCUUUUAUGUGGUUGGAGCUUGGAAGAAUGUGGUCGGUACUUGGAGACAAUUAAAGUUUAUGAAAAUAAACCUGCAGAUCUUAUUCAGGGGCAGAUGGACUCAGAUUAUUUAUCCCGGCUAAACCAUGCUCUCACAACAGUACGUCAUGUUAACAAGACUGAUGUUGUCACUCUUGGAUCCACCUUUGGGUCUUUGUCUAACAUCAUGGACGCAUCUAUGGAAGAUCUAGCUCGCUGUCCUGGCAUAGGAGAGCGCAAGGUGAAACGUUUGUAUGACACUUUUCAUGAACCAUUCAAGCGUAUAAUUCCCAACCAUUCAUCCAUCCAAGAAAACCCAAGUACAGUCAACGCUGAACCUAGCUCCAUCAGUGAAAGUAAAACUGAUGACAAUGAAAUUGGUGGUGCAAGUAAGAGGAAAAGUACAGAACCUGAAGUGACUGUUAAAUCUGCACUCUCAGCUGCUUUUGCCAAAUAUUCUGAUAGAAUUAGUAGAAAGAAAAGUAAAUCAGAGACGAAUGAUGCUGAAGAGGCAUCUGUUGAUGUUACAGAUGCAAGUCCCAUAGAAAAGAAUACCGAUAAUGAGCCUGCUAAUGGUUUGAACAAAAGAUAAAUUGGCCCAAUUCAGCUGAAACCAGUUGUAUGGCUACCAGAAGGUCGCAGCUUUUGGCGAAUACAUCUUACAGGUCACCAUAAUCAUCAUCUCUGAAACGCAGGCAUCAUGUACACCAUCUAAGGUAACGGUUUUUUUUUUUUUUUUUAUGUAUCUUUUUGUAAACUGUGUACGAAUAAGGAUUGUGAAGAAGCCUACACAUUGAAAGUUUUCUAAGUUCCAGGAAAAUGAGGCUAUCUAUAAGAAGCUGUAAUAGAAGUUGCUGUAAAUGUAGUACUGUAGUAGAAACCUGUUGGCACUUUUUUUUUUUUUUUGAGUAAAGGAAAUUUAUUUUAUUGAAGUGUAGAGAAAAGGGAGUUUUGGUUACAAUGUUUUGCUAAAUUAUGCUCUAAUUCUAAACUAUUUCUACUUACUUUACUAACUAUAAAGGACCGAUUUACGAUUUGAUGGUGGAGUAUUUCCUUUAUUACAUCCUGGAUUUCUACUGCGGCCUUUUCUGGUUGUGCAAUGACCUUAAUGAGAUUUAGUGAGUCCGUUCCUAUUGUGGCGGUUGUGAUUCCAUUUUGUAACGCAGACCUAAUUGCCAGUAGACAUGUAUAGGCUUCUGCUUGAAGUGCAGAUAUUGCCAUAAAUUUCAUAGUUUGAUUGAUCCUGGAGAGAGUAUUUUGUGCCAUAAUCGUCCAUGCUCCUGCAGCCUCAAAAGUUUCCUGUUGGAAAGCUCCAUCGAAUAGGAUUGUCGAUCUAUCAGACUGGACUGAGGGAUGUGAAUUAUAUUCUUCUGAAUGAUUGUUUCGAGGCCAGUCUUGAUUCCAGUUUUGUAUCAAGCUCUGGUAUUCUGCUUUAGCGCUGUUGAGUACUAUUUCUGGAGUUUCUUUCUGGUUUUCCCAGUAAAGCUUAUUUCUACUUUUCCAAAUAUGUCAUAAAAUUACCAAUGAUUCUUCCAAUGAUUCUCAAUCUGGUGCGCUGGCGAUCCAGGUGGCAAGCCAUUGCUGGAUAGAUUCCUGAUUGCUACACUCGAAGUUGAAACCAAAUCUUGACAGAAACCAUAUUCUUCUUGUUUUGUCACACUCUAUAAAAAUAUGUGUGCUAUUUUUCUCUGUUAAUUGACAUUCUAAGCAAACAGGGGG